AUGCGCACCACGCACCUCGUCACCGGGUGCCUUGUCGUCCUCCUCCUCCUUGCCAUCACCUCGACCACGGCCUUUGACCUGGUGGGCAAGGCCAAGAAGCGGCCUCCGUCAGGCAAGCCGUCCCCCCCCUCUCCGACCUCCGCUCCCUCUCCCGCCAAGCCCAAGGUCCAGGCCAAGCGCGCGCCGCGGGCGGCAAAGGCUGGCCAGAAUGCUCGGAAGAGUGCUCCGGGCACUGCUGGAAGCUCAGCCGCCGGAAAGGCCGGCGCCUCGAGUGCUGAGCUGGUGGUCGAGGUCUCGUACGACGGCGGAAAGAGCUGGAAACCGAGGCAGAUCAUCUCCCACGGAACUCGUCGUGCUGCCGGUCGCGUCAGCAAGGACGUCGUCGAGCUGACCGACCACGAUGUGAUCGCCUUUAACGCCCUCGUCAAGGCUGAUGCUCGCUAUCUGGUCCGGGUCGGCAAGGCCAUGGUUGCCAUCCCGGCCUGCUCGCUGGCAAGCUCACGCUUCCGCGAGCGGCUCGCGGUUCACCUGGACGACGAUGGAGACGUUGUCGCACUGUCGUACAUUUUGCGGAACCCGGUGUGUGAGCCCGGCAAGGUCCGCCUCGCCAAGGCCAUCUCGCUCAAGUCGGAGGUCGUCUUUGACUCGGGCAAGCUCGCCACACACGCCGCCGUUCCCUCCGUCCAGGAGCUGCAGGCCGCCGCCGAAGCCGAGGCUUCGGUUGAUAACCGUCCGUGGUUCCUCCGCUACUGGUACUACAUCCUCCCGGUCGUCCUCCUCCUCAUGCUGCCCGGCGGAUCGUAA